ACUGUGUUGUAAGUGAAUGAAUGGGCGUAACCUCUCAGGCCACACCUCUAGUAAUCACGUGUUCGUAACUUCACAACCGUUGUUACUAUCAUCUCUACUUAGUUAAGAUACUGGUGGUGUUCUCUAGCUUCAGAAGCUUCAAACCAGAGUCAGUACUAAGAAGUGUUUACAGUGAUCUCUUCAUCUUUCUGUUCUUUUAUAACAAGCCAUGAAACUUGGAAUUAUUCUUCUGGCAGCAGUAGCAGCAGUGUGGUUCAAUUGUGCAUUGGCAGGAGCAGGUCUUUGUUGGAGUUCCAUGGAUCGUAAUGGCCGCUGCACUGCGUCCUUGCGUACCAAUGUCUCUGAAGAAGAAUGUUGUGCUGACAGUAGCGCCACUACUGCUUGGAGUUCUAAAGAUUUACAGUCAGGAGACUUGUUCUUUUGGAGAGUACUUGGUGGUGGAGUACCUUGUCAACUUUGUAAAGAUUCAUGUGAUGGUGUAAAAUGUGGAAAAGAUAGGGAAUGUACAAUGAAAAAAGGAAAGCCUAAAUGUGUGUGCAGACCUAAAUGUUCUAAACGUCAGCGCCGUCUGGGGACAGUGUGUGGAAGUGAUGGAAACAGUUACAAGCAUAUCUGUAAGUUAUUGAAGGUGCAGUGUCGGAAAAACAAAAACCUGGCUGUCAAGUACUUUGGUCCAUGUCAGGACAACGGGUGUAAGAACGUUAGGUGUCCUGGAAAGAAGUCAUGUGUUGAGGACCAAAACCGUCAUCCUUAUUGUGUCAGCUGCAACAAGAUCUGCCGCUUGCGAUACAGGUCUCAAUACGUCUGUGGCUCUGACAACGCCACCUAUAGCAGCUACUGCGAACUUCGUCGGACCUCUUGCUUUAGCGGACAUGUUAUUCAAGCUGCUUAUUACGGGGUUUGUAGAGCGAAUGCUACAUGUAAAAACAUCAGGUGUCGACGAACCAAGAAGUGCUUGAUUGACCCCAACACGAGAAUACCCAGGUGUACCACCUGUCCACCCGCAUGCUCUUGGCAACCUAAGAUCCCAGUGUGUGCGAGUAACAAUAAGACGUAUGCUAGCUGGUGUGAUAUGAUGGUCGACUCUUGUAGGUUAGGGGUUGUUUUGGAGACCAGACAAGGUAGACCCUGUCAAGAUAAUGAUUCAAUUCAUUAGAAGAGGUCAACGAUUGGAUCUUUCUUUUUUUGUUGACCCUUUUCGACCUUAAAUCUGAUCACAUAAUAUUUGUUUUCAUAAAUAUUCUCACAUUCCGGCGACCAGCUACUACAGAAAAAAAAAGAGACUUCCUUUUCCCGACAAGUAUGUAUUAUUGUUUUCCCGAAACAUAAUCAUAGAAGAAUUUGCAGAAGUCAAAGGUCAAUCACGGUUACUAAGUUAUUUAUUAGUGUUCCAGAUGCACUGGUUUCAAAAUGACAACACUGGUAUUGCUGUAACACCACAUGUAAAAUUAAAAAUGAAGGUUAAUGUUAGUUUAAAGUAUUUAACUAUAACAAUAAAUUGGCAAACAUAAGUAACGUUUAUGACUGAAAUAACUUUUACAAUUUUGGGAUCUUUACGCAACUGGCAUCAAAAUAUAUAUUGUACAAUUCAAAGUCCUAGGAAAUUGAUAGAAGUAAUUAUAUUGAAAUAUAAGAUUUAAGUAUGGAUAUAGAAAAACUUUGGAGUUAUGGCAUCAAUAAUGUAAGUGUAAUUUUACUCUUAUUAGUAUUAUACCAGGUUUUAAUGAGAGUUUCAUAGUUUUAAAAUUAAUAUGAAAGGUUUUGCCUGUCUAAAAUACAAAGAAACCCUUUAAUGAACAACAACUGUAUAAUAUUUAAAAGCAUGUUUAAUGCUAUUAGUAAUAUCGUAUUACUUAUCGGAAAAUGCGUUUAUGAUUCUGACGUUGAUUUUGACAUUAGUACCUUAGACUAGACAACAUUACUUUUAAAGUUAGUAGAAGUGAAGAUCAUAAUAAAUUCUAGUUAAUCAUAAAAAUCGUUAUACAAAACAAUAUAGUGAUUUUUCGUUCGAUAAAAAGUGAAUUUUUUAUUCAAUUUAUAUAUGUGAUGGUUUGGCGACGUUUGCUUAUUGUGGCCUCAUCGAUGAUAUAUUAUAGCUUUCUAUAAACUAAUAUAUUUUUUUCCAGUUUACUUUCUGAUUUGAAAAGAAAAAAAAAGAGGUUUGCUUUGAUUAUUUUUUUUUGGAGUUUUUUGAUUGGUUAUCUCACUGCAUUAAAAGUAAACGAUUCAGAAGUUCAUCUGAUUAGUGUGCAGUCGAAAUACAUACGGGUCUAUGGAAGUUUACGUAGAUGUGACUACGUUAUAAUUAGAUAGUACUUAUUUUAUUUAAAUUUGAUUUUUUUAUCGUUUGCCAUUAAAAAUUAAAACGGGUAUUUGACGCCAGUAUGUGUAUCUACAAGUACUUUCUGGAAGAGGAGCGAAUAUAUUGUUUCUUCUUUUAUAUUAAUGUGAUUGUUAUUGUCAGUGAUUGCAUAAUGUGAAGUUUUUAAAUAUAUUAUCAAAUAGAAUCAAUUCAGGAUUAUUAAGACGUGCAACUUUAUAUAAAAGUUACUAAUUAUGCCUCAGCUGCUUUAACAUAUUUUGUAUAUCUGUACUUAUGAAUAUAGUCAAUCAGCAAAAAAAAAAAAACUAUAAUCGUAGUUUCAUUAAUACCUAGUAGUAUUAGUAAGUAACCUAAAUAAGUUAGCCACAUAACUGACAUGUUAAUUGAUACUCCAUAAUUAUCUUUAUUGUAAUGCAACAAAUACACUUAAAAGAAGGAGUCAGCAUGCAUCUAUCAUUAUUUGUUGUUGUUUUGUUGUUAUUAAAACCUGUAUGUAUAUUAGCAUGUAAGGUUAGGGAUAGU